GCGGAGCCGCCGUGACCCCGCCGCUGUCGGCGCCACCGGUGACUGUCGGGGCGCCCGAACCCCCCCCCGGUGGCGGCAGAGCCAGGUCCAGCCCCACUGCCGGGCACCUCCGACCCACCCUCCGCCCCCCGGCCGGGGCGAUGGAGGAACGGGCGGAGCGGGGCAGCGAGCCCGGCUCGGAGGGCCCGGCGUCGGUGGCAGAGAUCCGCGCUCCCGGCCCGCGGCCGCUACGUCUGCUGGAGUGGAAGGUGUCGGUGGGGGGGGCGGUGCAGAUCGGCUCGGUGCUGGCGCUCUGCGCCCCGCUGCCGCCGCCGUCCGCCCCGCGCCCCGCCGCCGCCCCGCUGCCGCCCGCCGCCAGCGGCGCCUCCGCCCGCCCGCAGCGCGGCGGCCCCGAGCGCAGGCUGCGCGCGGAGCGGCCCGGCGUGGUGCGCGAGCUGUGCGCGCGGCCCGGCCAGGUCAUCGCGCCCGGGACUGUCUUGGUGAGACUGGAAGGAUGCAGCCAUCCAGUUGUUAUGAAAGGCUUGUGUGCAGAAUGUGGCCAGGACUUAACUCAGAUACGAGGCAAGAAUGGAAAACAGAGCGUGCCAUUAUCCACAGCAACUGUAUCGAUGGUUCACAGUGUCCCAGAACUGAAAGUUAGCUCUGAGCAAGCUGAGCAGCUGGGAAGAGAAGAUCAACAGCGACUACAUCGAAAUAGAAAACUGGUGCUCAUGGUAGAUUUGGACCAGACAUUGAUCCAUACUACAGAACAGCACUGCCAGCAAAUGUCCAAUAAGGGAAUAUUUCAUUUCCAGUUAGGUCGAGGUGAGCCUAUGUUGCACACACGUUUGCGUCCUCAUUGCAAGGAAUUCCUGGAAAAAAUUGCCAAGCUCUAUGAAUUACAUGUUUUUACUUUUGGCAGCAGACUGUAUGCACAUACAAUUGCAGGAUUUUUGGACCCUGAAAAGAAGCUUUUUUCCCAUCGGAUAUUGUCAAGGGAUGAAUGUAUUGAUCCAUUUUCUAAAACUGGGAAUCUUAGAGAUCUCUUUCCUUGUGGAGAUUCCAUGGUUUGCAUCAUUGAUGAUAGAGAGGAUGUUUGGAAGUUUGCACCAAAUUUGAUAACUGUGAAGAAAUACGUAUACUUUCAGGGGAUAGGAGAUAUUAAUGCACCUCCUGGAUCAAGAGAAAUGCAAAUGAAGAAGAAAGCAAACCACUCUACAAAACCUGAGGCAUUGGAUUCAGCAGUGAUUUCAGCAAAAGAUGUUGAAGAGAUAAAGAAUGUUAUAUGUGUAGAAGAGCACAGUAAUGGUCUCAAGAAAACUGCAAUGGAUACUUGCACUGCAAAUGGGAGUACUUCUGUAAGCAGUGAAACAUCUGAUGGGGAUGUGAACUCUCAUGAUAAAGUUAAUGCCCAGGACCCCUUAAAUGAUAGCACUGGUCACAAAAUGGACAGUGAGGUCAGUGAUGAUUUGGCAAAUACAAAAGAAUCUCAGAUUGUUUCAGAACGAGUAGAUACAACAGUUACAGAGAGGCAGCAAACCCAAGAGAAGACAACAAAUGACUUGGACUUUGAGCUGUCUAGUGACAGUGAAAGUGACGACGGAUUGGAUGCCAAAAAAUUGUCCACUUCUGUAUCAGAUAGUGAGAAUGAGGAAAAGAGAAGCUGGAAGAAAUCCGAACAACCUCUGAAGGAUGAAAAUUUGCAGCAAGAGAGUUGCACUGAUGUGAGUGAGAAAAAGGAUGGUUUGGUAAACCAUUCUGAGGACACACAGUGUAGUGAAAAUAUCCAGGAUAAAAUUGAUCUUGAAGCACAAGAGGAAAGUGAACAGGAAAGCCUUUGUGAUUUAGGAAAUGGGUCUGGAGACAAGAAAGAAGCUGAAACAGAAUCUCAGAUUAGUGAACAGUCUGGAUUUACAAUGGGUGAGUCCUUAGAUCAGAGCAUGGAAGAGGAAGAUGAGGAAGAUGAUACAGAUGAUGAUGACCAUUUAAUAUACCUCGAGGAGAUCCUUGUGCGAGUUCACACUGAUUAUUACACAAAGUAUGAUAAAUACCUGAAAAAAGAGAUUGAGGAAAUUCCAGACAUCAGAAAAAUAGUACCAGAACUAAAAAGUAAAGUCUUGGCAGAUGUAACCAUAAUAUUUAGUGGACUUUACCCAACAAACUUCCCUAUUGAAAAGACACGGGAACACUAUCAUGCCACAGCACUUGGAGCUAAAAUUGUGAAAAAUCUUGUACUGAGUGCUGAUGAUCCUGAUAAAGCAACACAUCUCAUUGCAGCAAGGACAGGCACAGAAAAAGUACGGCAAGCUCAGGACUGCAAGGAUCUCCAUGUUGUAAACCCUGAUUGGCUGUGGAGCUGCCUGGAGCGCUGGGACAAGGUUGAGGAACAGCUCUUUCCCUUAAAGGAUGACUACAUCAAAACACACAGAGAAAAUAGCCCUGCCACAUUUCCUGAUACACCCAGCACAUUUCAGACGGCUCUGUUUCACCCAACACCCAUCCAUCCGAAGUCUCAACCUGGUCCUGAAGUUCGAAUUUAUGAUCCUAACACUGGAAAGCUGAUCAGGAAAGGCACACAGACAUCUGGGCAGUCAAUGUACAUCCAGUCUCCAGCUCCUCCCAUCAUCUUGCCAGUCCACGGUGAACACUCGUCCUUCAGAGUUGUUCAGCCACAUCAGCAGCAGAUAUUUGAAGAAGAUGACCUACCAGCAAGUGAAAAUGAAGAUCAGCCUGGUCCAUCAAAGAGGAAACGCCAGCCAAGUAUGUCUGAAACAAUGCCACUGUACACUCUAUGUAAAGAAGAUUUAGAGAGUAUGGAUAAAGAGGUGGAUGACAUCUUAGGAGAAGGGAGUGAUGAAAGUGAUACUGAAAAAAAAAAGCCUGAAGAGGAAAGUGAAAAACCUCAGACAAGUGCAACAGAGACUCUAGGGAGGAAGGCAGAUCAGAGACCUGGAUCAUCAUCAUCAUCAUCAAGUGAAAGAAGUUUAACAGGCAGUGUACCCAGCAACCAGAAGAAUUGUAAGGCCUGUUUGUUACUCAUGGCUCAAAAAGCAAGUUACUAUGCUGGCCACUUGCUGCUCUUCAGUGUCUCCUCAUAUGAGAAAGUUAAGAGCAGAAUUGUUUGGGGGUCACAAGCGCAAACUGGAUGAAGAUGAUGCUGCCAGUGACUCCAGUAAAGAAUCCAGCAAUGAAGAUGAGGAAGGAAGCAGUUCUGAAGCGGAUGAAAUGGCAGCAGCACUUGAAGCUGAAUUGAAUGACUUCAUGUGAGAUUCAUGCAGAAGACAAAAUUUGUGAUUAUAUUUUACUUCUCAUAAACAGAUCAGACUUCAGAUAAAUCCCUUAUGUCAGUACUCAAUGUUUUUCCAAAAUACGUGUGUAUAUUUUGCAAAGCAACUCAAGAGGUGAUAUUUUACAAAAUCAGAAAUAGAUGUUUUUAAGUUGUUUACUAAAGGAAUAUAUAUAUACUUUUUUAAGCAAAAAAAAGUAUUAAAUGGGACAUGGUGUUCUAUGCCAAAGAUAUGUUAGGAGCUCUGCAGAACCUUCAUGUAUGGAACAGUGGUACAAAGAUUUGUGAUUAAACCAACAUCAAGUUUCUAAAAAUACCACAGGCUGUGGUCUAUGGGUUACAAUCUUCAAAAACAGGAGGAGAUAAAGGAGAUGGGAUUGUCUGGGUAGUACAGCAGGAACCUGACAAACUGGUCAUCUUUUUCCAGAAAUAGAGCUAUCAAAUAUAAAAGGAUUUUUGAAAUAAAAAAGAACUAUUUAUAUUUGUAUAGAAACAGAGAAUGUGAUAUGCAAGCUUUGUGAACUCUGCACUUGACCCACCUGUCAUUUGCUUGUAAGAGAAUACAUAGUGGUCAACAUUCAUGUUUUUAGGCUACUUUGUUGAAUAGCUGGGUUCUUUAGAGACUUCAUUUAGAUUUUUAACUUUCCUUCUCUGUAACUAGAAAUUUAGCACAGCAGACUAUGUGGUUCUGUACUGCCACAAAAUGCUUAUUCACCCAUUCAUGUUGUUUUGGAAAGAACAAGUGCUACUUCAGUCUAGAUAGAAUUUAAUUUCUUUGACAAGAGAUCUUAUGUAAAGUUUUUGUAUAUUCUAUUUCAUAUUUGACCCACAAAACAGAUUUUCUUUCAUUUAAUAAAGGUUCAUUUUGUAUGCUU